CCAAGUCACUCGACCAACAUCACUCUUGUUCCUUUCACUUUGCAACUCGACGCUCAGCGCGACCUCUGAGACCUCGACAUUCCCAGCAACGUAAUACCCAACAUGUCAACUCCUACUCUGACUGCCGAGCAGUCAGCUGUCCUCCAGAAGGAGGUGCAGGCCGAGCUUGAGCGACGCGAGUGGGCCGAGUCAGACGACAGCGUCAUGGCAGAAUACGUCUGCGUGUUGCUUGAGAAAGUCAGGACAGAAAUGCAGGAUCUCGUUGGCCCCGACUUUGACGCCUCUUUCCUCGACUGGUUAUUUGACCGCCGCGACAAGCUUGCCGCACCAGCAGCACCAGAGCCAGAAUCCGCUCCGGAAGUCGCAGACGCCCCAGCCGAGGCCUCGGCCCCCGGCCCGUCUGCUGGGAGUCGCAUGUUCGCAUCAGCCGUCGAAGGCACCAAGCGAAAGUUUGAGAACACUGGCGACGAGCAGAACAAGCGCAGGGUUCCCGACAACGCACCGACUGGCCCGCGCGGUGGACCUCAGGGCGGACCACAGCCCGGCCGAAGCUUGAGCGACCGCCUCGGCCCUCGCGGCGGUGGACCUGGCGGCCCUCCUCUUCGUGGUGGAUUGAACGUUCGUGGAGCAGCCAACGGUCGGGGCGGCCACAUGAACGGCCCCGGGUUCGGCCCCGGGCCUAGGCAUCAGCAGCCUGGGUUCCGUCCGCAGGGCUUCCCAGGCCAAGGAUUCCCUCCCGGACAACAAGAAAUGAUGAUGCAGAUGAUGGCCAUGCAGGCCAACAUGGUCGCAAUGGCGGAACAGAUGGCGAACAUGCAGCAGCAGAACCGACCAGGACGCCCUCCCGCCGCCACACGACCCCCAGUGCGCCCGGCUCCUGCGAAAGUUCCCGCUGGCACCAAGCUCGGCGGUCAUGCUGUGUCGCCGAUUCAGCCCCGGGGAGGUUCGCUGGGCCCAAUCCCGACCAAGCCGUCGUCGACCGCCCUGUGCAAGUUUGGUGUUGGCUGCAGCAACGCACGCUGCAUCUACAGCCACCCUUCGCCUGUCGCCGACGAGAAGACGGGCAUGGUGCUGAGCGAGGAGGCUUGUGAGGCCGGCAAGGACUGCAAGGACCCGGAGUGCAUCAAGAGCCACGUCAGCCCUGCGGCCGCCAACGGCGAGUCUGCUGGCCCUAGCCGUGUCUUGUGUCGAUACCAGAACUGCACCAACCCCAAGUGCCAGUACCGCCACGAGGACGCCAACGGCAACCCCAUUCCUCCGCCCGCUCUGUCAAAUGCGGCCGCCACGACUCCAGCUACCAACAGCACCGAGGCUGUUGGCAAGGCCUCCUUAGAUUCGGCCCUUGACGAUGGCAAGACUGCGCGCCCCUGCCGAUUCGCUGAGCGCUGCACGAGAGCCGACUGCAAGUUCACCCACCCCGCUUCGAGGCCCACGCCCGGCGGAGCGAAGUCAUUUAAGGCCGCAGCUGCACCAGCAGCGGCCGGUGGCAUCGCCUCGGGUGGCAUGACUGCAAGCAGAAAGUUUGCUGCGCCAGCCGCCGACUCGAAGCUCAACCCCGGGGCGAGCGAGUUCAAGCCCGCUGAGCCCGAGCUCCAGGUGUCGAGCUAGGCGGUCAUGAUGUAGAGUAGUAGCAUUGUACAUUCUAUCCAUAGAGAUGAACAGCAUGUGCGGGUG